UGUAAACUGCGUAUCAUGUCAAGACAAUUUUUUUAGAUAGUAAAAAUACAUUAUUCAGAGCAAACAUGUCCUCUGGCCCGAACAUCGAAACAGACAUCGUAAUCGAAUUGUUGGAAAUCUACAUCAACUCGAUCCUGUUUGCGCGCCAACUGUACCCGGCUGGAAUCUUUCGACAGCGCCGAGCCUACAACAUUCCGGUGUGGAUCUCGAUCUUCAAGCCCUUGAACGACUAUCUGGCCAAAACACUUCGGGCAGCUCGGGAGUUAAAACACCGCCGAAAACUGCACAAAGUCGAACUUCUGAUACUGAAAGAUGAACCCGAAACCAGUUUGGAGAGUUACGUGUUCGAACUGGAAGAUCACGAAUUUUCGUUAAAUACGGACGAAAACUUGUUGGACCUGGAAGAGCAGAUUCGAAAAUCGUUGUUGAACUUAGACUGCCGUCUGAAGGGUUUGAAGAAGCUGCCUUCGGAUACCACGUUCAAGAUUAUGCUGUACACAACCGAAUCGGCCUUCGCUGGACUCGGCAACAAUCCCCGGAUGCAAAGCUUUCCGUUGGUGAAAGAAACGAGCCAGGACUUAGCACCGAAAUUGCAUCGGACCAACACUCAACUGUUGCCAGUUUCACAUACCCCUAACGUAGGCCUUCAGUUGUACGUGGAGGAAUAUCUAUGAUGUAUUGUAAUGUGUAGUUUACGUUGAAUAAUAAUUAUUUAUUAAAAGUUGCAAAC